ACGAAGAUAUAUUGAUGAAUAAGAUAUAAUUCACGAUUUGACGUGAAAAUUUUUUCUAAUAUCUAGGGCACAACAGAACGACCUGUCCAAUGAAUAAACCGGCUGCAUCCGAAUCGAUAAUUCAACCUUCCAAAGUCACCGAAAGUCCCAAGAGAUCAUAUAAGUGCGGAGUAUGUCGCGAAGAAGGGCACAACAGAACGACCUGUCCAAUGAAUAAACCGGCUGCAUCCGAAUCGAUAAUUCAACCUUCCAAAGUCACCGAAAGUCCCAAGAGAUCAUAUAAGUGCGGAGUAUGUCGCGAAGAAGGGCACAACAGAACGACCUGUCCAAUGAAUAAACCGGCUGCAUCCGAAUCGAUAAUUCAACCUUCCAAAGUCACCGAAAGUCCCAAGAGAUCAUAUAAGUGCGGAGUAUGUCGCGAAGAAGGGCACAACAGAACGACCUGUCCAAUGAAUAAACCGGCUGCUUCCGAAUCGAUAAUUCAACCUUCCAAAGUCACCGAAAGUCCCAAGAGAUCAUGUAAGUGCGGAGUAUGUCGCGAAGAAGGUAUAAACGAAGAUAUAUUGAUAAAUAAGAAAUCAUUCACGAUUUGACGUGAAAAUGUUUUCAAAUGUUUAGGGCACAACAGAACGACCUGUCCAAUGAAUAAACCGGCUGCUUCCGAAUCGAUAAUUCAACCUUCCAAAGUCACCGAAAGUCCCAAGAGAUCAUAUAAGUG